AUGCUACGAAAUGACGACGAGAUGGACGCACUCGAGGCGGCGCUGUUGUUCAUGGACGAAACGGCUCAUGAAGCCGUAGCGCUUGCGAGCAUCGAUCUCUGUGUCCCGUACCCUCCUAUAUGCUCCUCUCCUUGUGCAGUGUCCUUAGCUGGCAUUGAGAGAAAGGAAGAAAUCGAUGGGGCAAUUGCUGACGAGGAACUGGAACGUCUAUUGCUGGAAGUGGGACUGUCAAGCUCUCCAAUUUUCGAUACUGAAGUAAGUGCUCCAGGUCCUGCAGCUGUCACUUGUCUGGGAGCAAACGAGUCCAUGACUUUAAUUGCAAGUGACCAGACCAAACCUCAACCGAGCACAGACAAGGGGCUUUAUAGUCGCAAACUAGAUGGAUCUGGAUAUCAAGCUCUCAGCGGAAAAGUCAAUAAACGAGUAAGGAUAAACCCGAAUCGAGCGCGUGAUAAUCGGAAGAAUGAACUCGCCUAUUUACGGAACAAAGUCAAACAGAUGAAAGACCAGCUUCUCUUUCUCCGUCGACAGUCUACUGACAGCAAGAAUGUGGUCGUGACGAAGACAGCCGCAAAAGUGACUGUUGAUUCACCAAUUGGAAUACCACCUGUUUGGCGUGACAUGGCGUUAACUCAGCAGCAACGACGAGAGAAGGCAGAGCGUGAAAACGCGCGGUUAAAGCUCGUGUUGGAGAGUCAGUUAAAGCUAGCAAAGAGCAUGGAAGUGGUAAUGCAGAGACGAACGCGACAACAGCUGGCCGGCUUCAAUGGUAUCGAUGACGAGGCUCUUAGUUGUGCACAGGGCUCCACGUGGGACCUACUUUUAGACAAAGACACGUUCGAUACUUUGCUAGCUCGUGCAGAAGCAGCGUAUCAUGAGGUGGAUGAAAUUCUUGCUGCAAAUGGACUCAAGUACAUGAAGACCUCGUGCGCUAACGCUCAGCUACGUGGAGGUAUCGAGGGUAUGUAUGUUGACAUAUAUACCAACAAGAUGCUGCCAUUUGACUUUAAUACGGCAGCUGAAGCGGUCUGGACUCAUUUUCGAGGCAGUGAGAAACACCGCGGUAAUUUGUAUGAAAAUUUCUCGAAGGACGUUGAAUCGUCUUCUGACACAGUGGCCGAAAUGUUCGCCAUUGAAUUUAUGGCAAAUGACUUGGCUGCUGAUUUUCGCGUGAAGCAGGUCGUCCGGCGCUACGUUGAGGAUGAUCGGCAAGUCGUCGUAUGGGUCUCCACUGCAUCGGCACUUGAGAACUCGAAGUCGCCUUUUUCCAGCUUCGGGUUCCGUGAAAAGGGGUUUGUCAUCAGUAAGCGCGUUCGAGGCUGUGAUGACUUCUCGAUGUUCCAGACGUGUUGCUUGGUGUCGCCAGAGAUGUCCGGAGGUGGGUCGUUUGAUCUGUCUACAGUUGGCACCUUCACCGAGUUCGUGCUAGGCUUUAUGUUUGCCACCAUUACAUCCAGCCAGCAACUUAUCGAGAGCAUGCUGAUGGACCAAUCGUUAAAUUUGAAGCGAGAGGCGUCAUCGUGCACUUGA